UGGUUACGAAUCACCAUGUAAAAAAGAACCAGUGUUCUUCAAGGCAUCCCUUCAUCAGUAUAAGACAGUAACGAAGGAUUUUCUCUGAUCCAUUCUGAGAAAUGAUAGAGGCUCCGGUGACUGUUUCGCUCGGGGUCGUCCUCUCCCUCCCUGCCAAGCUCGAGCGGUUGCUGUCGCCGGAGGCCGAUCAAUGGCGCCUGCGCAAGGGGGAGAAGAACAAGAUUCGCCUCCUCAAGGACCGCCUCCAGGAAUUGGACAAGUACCUGGUGGAGCCGUCGAAUGUGGAGACCCCGGCCUCGACGGCCAGGUGCUGGGUGAAGGAGGUGCGCGAGCUGUCGUACGACAUCAACGACUUUCUUGAUGAGCUCGCCCACGGGCUCAACUCGGCCGCCGCCCAGAAGAACCUCCGUGGCAGGGUCGCUAAGCUCCGGGAGGGCCUGAGUCGGAGCCGGUGGGUCGCGCAGGAGACCGCACGAUUCAGGGCCCGAUUGGAGGAGGCGAUUCAGCGGCACAAGAGGUACAAUCUUGACAAGCACCACCAGAGCCGGGCAACUAGGAUUGAUUCGGAUGAACCCCCAAUACCACCGCUGUACGGGGUGGAGGCGAUGCGCCUUGUUGGUAUCGACAGUUCCAUGGCAAAGCUUGGUGAUUGGUUGACUGGAGAUGGAGAGCAGCAAUUAAGGGUAAUGUCCAUUGUUGGACCUGGGGGAGUUGGCAAGACGGCUAUUGCAAAUGAGCUGUACUGCAAGCUCGGAAGGCGAUUUGAGUGUCGGGCUUUUGCGCGGUCAUCCCAGAAGCCUGACAUGAGAAGGCUUCUCACCAGCAUACUUUUACAAAUUCGUCGACAACGGUUGCCUGAUGAUGCAGAGCUGGGUAAUCUCAUUGGCACGAUCAGGGAACACCUGCAAGAUAAGCACUACUUCAUUAUAAUUGAUGAUUUGUGGGCUUCAUCAAUGUGGGAUGUUGUCAGUCGUGCUUUGCCUGAUGGUAAAUGUUGCAGUAGAGUACUGUUUACAACGGAAAGUGAUGUUGUAGCUCAGAUAUGUUCUGGUCAAAACUCUAAGUAUAUUUUUAAAAUGGAACCUCUUAGUGACAAUGAAUCAAAAAAAAUAUUCUUUAGUAGAUUUCCUGGCAAUCAAUCUAAAGAAAAUGAGCAAUUGUAUGAACAUUCAUCUGAAAUUAUAAGAAAAUGUGGUGGUUUUCCACUAGCGACUAUUACUAUAGCAAGCCUUUUAGCAAGACAACAGAGUUGGAUAGAGCAAUAUAACUGGAUAAGGAGAUCACUGAGCUCAAAUUUAAGGACAGAUCCGACUGCUGAAUGGAUGAGACAAGUACUUAGCCUUUGUUACAACAAUCUUCCUGGCCGUUUAAAAGCUUGCAUGCUAUAUCUUAGUAUAUAUAAAGAGGACCAUGUAAUCUGGAAAUAUGAUUUGGUAAAGCAAUGGUUAGCUGAAGGUUUUAUCUGUGCACAAGAAGGGAAAGUCAAGGAGGAAGUUGCAAGUACCUAUUUUGAUGAGCUUGUUAAUGGGGGAAUGAUCCAACCUGUAGACAUCAACUACAAUGGUGAGGUGCUAUCAUGUACAGUGCACUACAUGAUACUUAAUCUUAUUAGGCAUAAGUCCAUAGAAGAGAACUUCGUCACUACUAUUGAUCAUUCUCAGGCCAAUAUAAGACUUGCUGAUAAGGUUCGUCGACUGUCUCUCCAAUUUGGCGAUGCAGAAGAUGCAGCACAACCCACAAGAUUAAGACUGUUGCAAGUUCAGUCACUUGCCUUUUUUGGGCUCUUCAAGUCUUUGCCUUCUAUAGCACAGUUUCGGCUCCUUCGGGUUAUGAUCCUUCAUCUUUGGGCCGACCAGGAUAACAAAAGUUUCGACCUUACCACUGUCUGCCAAUUGUUUCGACUAAAAUAUUUGGAGAUAGUAUGUAAUAUCACUUUGGAUCUGCAAACCAAGAUGCAAGGUCUACAAUGCUUAGAGACACUUAUAAUAGAUUCUAGAAUAAGUGAGGUUCCACUUGAUAUUGUUCAUUUACCAGGCCUGCGGUACCUCAGUCUUCCUGGAGACACAAACCUGCCAAAUGGUUUUGGCCAGUUGACAUCUCUACAAUCAUUAGGGUGCUUUAAUCUCAGUAGCAAUCCAGCAGACAAUGUGCUGAACCUAGGCAAGCUGACCAAUCUACAAGAUCUUCGUCUCAUCUGUUCUACAAUGCCUUCUGACAAUCUUGAGAAGAAGUUGCAGUGCUUGGGCUCAAUUCUCUCGAAACUCAGCAAUCUCAAGUCUCUGACUAUGUUACCUGCAGGCUCCUCAAUUGCUACUAUGAGGGCCAGUGCUUCAAGCAUUAAUAUUUACUGUGAUAGCUUGAGCAGUGUGUCCUCUCCUCCAGCUCUUCUCCAGAAGCUUGAGUUUUUGCUGCAGAUUUGCAUCUUUUCCAUCCUUCCCAAGUGGAUUGGUAAACUACGCCUACUUGCAAUUUUAAAGAUUCAAGUCAUGGGCCUAUCUAGUAAUGAUGUUGAUAUCCUUGAAGGACUGCCUGCACUCUCUGCUCUCAUGCUCUAUGUCCAGACUGCCUCAACAAGAAGGAUCCUUUUUGACAAGAAGGGAUUCCCAGUUCUCAAACACUUCAAGUUCAUCUGUUCAGCACUUUGCAUAGCCUUUGUGAAAGGAGCAAUGCCCAAUGUUCGAAGGCUCAAGCUAGGCUUCAAUGCUAACACGUUACUACAACACAGUCCAGUAGAUGCUGGCUUCGAACACUUGACAGGCCUCAAAGAGAUCUCCGCAAAAAUAGGAAAUGCUGGUGCUAAUGAAUCCAGUAGAAUGGCUGCACAGUCUGCAUUGGAGGUCGCCUUUAGCCCUCAUAGGGUCAGCAUAAAAUUUGUGGAUUGGACCUUUUAUGGUGAAAAAGAAAGGAGUACAGCAGCCCAAAAAGAAAAACACCAGACUAUAGAAAAUAGCAAUCUAAUUCCAGAUUUGAUCACAAAAGAAGGCUCCGAUGAACGAUAUGGAAUUGGAGAAAAGGGCUCAAAGCAAAAAACAAACAAGCAAUUUGAUAACAGGAUUGCUGUGUUCCAUGAACAACAAGAAAUACAAGAAAUGGGCUCAGUGGAAGCCACACAACAUCAUACUGGGAUUACUGUGUCGUUGGAGUCCUCAGAUGAACAACAGGAAGUACAAGAAAUGGGCUCAGUGGAAGCCACAGGCAAACAGUGUGGGAUUACUGUUUUGUUGGAGUCCUCAGUUGAACAUCAGGAAAUAAAAGAAAUGGGCCCAGUGGAAGCCACAAGCAAAAAACAUGGUACUGGGAUUACUGUAUCAUUGGAGUCCUCUGAUGAACAACAAGAAAUACAAGAAAUGGGUUCAGUGGAAGCCAUUAGCAAACAACGUGAUACUGGGGAUCUGUCAAAUAACGAUUUGUCUGGAGAAGUUCCAUCAGCUGGUUCACUUACAUUACCCACCCCUCUCAAUUCUGCUAUUACACCUGGCACCAUGAAACCUAGCCCUGGUGCCCCCCACUUUUGUCCACCUCCUGUGCAAUCACCAGUAAGGGGCACAAAUUGGAAUUGGUUUCGCAUGAAAGUUUGGACGAAGCCAGACCGCGAAAUUUGGAACAUGCGUAGUUCGGUCAGCUGCUUGGGAGGCGGCUCCAAGUUGAGGCAAGAUAAGAAUGGUCAGGAUGCCGCGGCUACAUCUUCUCACUCAGGUCGUGUAUUAUCAAGAGCUGGAAAUAAUGUGCAAAUGUUUUCUCUAAAUGAGUUGAGGACUGCCACACUAAACUUUCACAUGAUGAAUUGCAUUGGCCGUGGAGGUUCUGGAGAAGUGUACAAGGGAAACUUGAAAGAUGGCACACAAAUUGCAAUAAAAAAGCUUUCAGCUGAGUCAAAACAAGGAAUUAGAGAAUUCUUGACAGAGAUUAAUGUCAUGUCAAACGUCAGGCACCCAAACCUUGUCAAGGUACUUGGUUGCUGCGUUGAAGGGAAAAAUAGACUAUUGGUGUAUGAGUAUGUGGAGAAUAACAGUUUGGCAAAUGCUUUGCUUGGGCCAAAGAAUAAAUGUAUUCCAUUGGACUGGCAGAAAAGAGCUGCUAUCUGUAUUGGAACUGCUUCUGGCCUUGCGUUUCUUCAUGAGGAAGCAAAACCACACAUUGUCCACCGUGAUAUCAAGGCUAGCAACAUUUUACUUGAUAAAAAUCUGCUGCCUAAAAUUGGAGAUUUUGGACUGGCCAAGCUUUUUCCUGCUACCAGCACUCACAUUAGGACGCAUGUUGCAGGAACAAUCUAUUUGGCACCAGAGUAUGCCAUACGGGGGCAGGUAACCAGGAAAGCAGACAUAUAUAGUUUUGGGGUGCUUCUUCUUGAAGUGAUAAGCGGUCAAAGCAGCAGCAAGUCGAUUUGGGGCCCCGAUAUGCAUGUUCUUUUGGAAUGGACAUGGAAGCUGUGGGAAGACGGAAGACUCUUGGAAAUUGUUGAUCCAGAUCUGGAAGAGUACCCAGAGGAGCAAAUGCUUCGUUUCAUCAAGCUGGCACUGCUCUGUACACAAGCCAUGCCCCGGCAGAGGCCAUCCAUGAAGCAGGUUGUCAAUAUGCUAUGUACCCAAACGGAGAUCGAUCUGGAAAAUAUAGCUCCACGACGUGUGCUGAAACAACCUCGGUAGCGCACCAGUGAUGUUGGGGGUUUGACAGUAGACACAUUCUAAAGCCAAAGCACCAGAUGCAGUCCAGCCGAAUCUUGCAGUACACAGACCAAAAUGGAUAGCGAUCAAUUUAGCACAACUGAGGUAUGACCAAGGUGAUGCGAUGGGCUACCAGCUUGCAAGCUUGUUUGCCAUCUUCAGAGGUUUCUCGCACCACCUAUGGGGUUUUAUUGUGUUGAGCACUGGCAAAUUCUCUAGGCCUGAUCCAUUUUCAUCCUGAUUUAGAACUGCAAGUGCAACAAUGAGUUUGAGAACUCGUCAUCUGUAUUCGCCGCGCCUUUUCAGUUGCUAUGGAAAGCUUGCACUUCAUUUGUCAUGAUUA